CUAUUCACUGCUCGUAAAGGUCAUGGUGCAUUUUUAAAUCAUACAAUUAGGCUUCCAUUAUCCCAUCCAUAUCCUCCGCCUGUGCUGCCAUCUAGUCUUUCUCAAUGUUUGAUAGCUUACGAAUUUAGUGGUACAGAUAGAACGGAUUGGCUCCUUAGUAAAAAGAUUGAUUCAGUGCAUAAUUUGUUAAGUUCAUCUGAAAGCUCCAAAAAAGUUGGAUCGGUACACGGAGUAAGAUGUUUAUGUAGUGGUGCUCUGGACAUAUGUUAUGUGGCCAAAGGGGGUAUCGUGGUUAAUGGUCGCGAGUUCAAUGAAGGUCCAGUAGACCUUUUUUGUCGCAAAUUCUUAUGUGUUAGAAGUGGUUCGCCAUGUGAAGGUGAUGAAAAUUCUAAACAAAGUCAAUUACGCCUUACUAGAGAAAUGUGCGAUGUUAUUGAAGAAAUUGAUUGCCCAAGAACUUAA